UUUCUUAGUUUUAAUUAGUGACUAAUUGAUAAUAUCAUUUGUUAUUAGGGAGCGACAUGGGAUCCCGAUGGAGGAAUGAUACUUGUUGCUUUCUCUGAAUCUUUAACAUUAGGUUCUGUUCAUUUUGCAUCAAAGCCUCCGUCACUAGAUGCACACCUUUUGCCGGUUGAUUUGUCAGAGAUACAAUCCUUGACUCACAGUCGAGGCAUUGAGAAGAUAGCUUGGGAUGCUUCGGGUGACAGAUUGGCUUUAUCAUAUAAAGAUGGGGAUGAGCUGUACAGGGGUCUCAUUGCCAUUUGUGAUGUCAAAAGGACUCCACUGAUUUCUGCAUCAUUAAUUGGGUUCAUUAGAGGGCCUGGAGACAAUCCGAGGCCACUUGCUUUUUCAUUUCAUGACAAGUUCAAACAGGGACCGUUGCUUACUGUGGUUGGUUGACUGUUUUGCUUUCACACCGGGGCUUUUUGUUUUUUGCGGGAGAGAAAAUGUUGUUAAAUUUUUACCCAUUUGAAGCUUAGGACAACCCUCUAAUUGCAAUUUGUGCACAUCAAAUGCAUCUGUGUAUAUAUAUUUAUACAGAUUUCUUCAAAAAUUAAGUUUUAACAUUUGCAUUUAAAAAAAUGAUAUUGUAUU